CUGAAGAAGAACAUGCCAACGCUAUGGCGGAUAUAAACAAAUUUUCAACAGUCGUUAGAAUGAAAAUUUGAUAUCCAAUACAACGUUGACAUGAUGGAGUCUGGUGAAGAGGUAUUAAUUGAGGCUGAAAUACAGAGAGGACUUGACACAUUAACAGAAGCAGACUUAGAGUCUUCAGAUAACAGUGCCUUAGAUGUGUUGAACAGUGAUGAUAGUUUGUCAGAAGAUAUAACUGAGGUACUUCCUGGAGAAUUUGAUAAUUAUGUUAAAUCUCUGCAGCAACAAACGGCAGCCUUUGAACUUGACCUUGCAGAAUGUGACGACCUUCUCAGACAGUCAGUUGAUAUUACUAGUUCUAGAGAUAUGAUCCCUUUCGAUGAAGAUCUACAACAAGAUAUUACAGAACAAGGUGAAAAUUUAGAGGAGUUAAGAUUAAAGAUUUUAGAAGACCUUGAAAAGGAUGAUAGUGAUGAAGAUGACGAACUGUUAACAGAUUCUGAGGAUGACAGCAAGUUUACAGAAGAAGAAGAAAAAGAUGAAAAUAAAGCUAUGGUACUGGUAACUAAAGAACAGUUAGAGUUUAAGGAAUUAUUGGCAGGACAGAAAGAUAGAAUACAAGAACAGUCUAAAAAACAAGAAGAUCAAUUGAAUCAGUUGAUUGAGAAAGAAAGACAUGAAGAAGAAAUAUCUGAACACAAGAUUGAAACAAAGAGGCAAGAACAAAAACUUCAGUUUGAAAGAGAAGAAUCUAGACUUCUAACUGAAAGAAAGGAGAGACAUGAGCAAGAAGAAAAACAACAAAAAAUAAUAGAACAACAAUUAGAAGUAGAAAUGAAGACACAACAGAAAAAGAUAGAAGAACUUGAAGAAAUAGCCAAGAGAGAGAAAGAGGAAUGGGAAAAAAGAGUAAAAGAAGAACAAAUCAAACAAGAGGAAAAGAAGGAAAUGGCUGCUGUUAAAAUACAAUCAGUUUAUAAAGGAUACUGCACUAGAAAGCAGCAUAAAACUGAAGUUGACAGAAGAUGGAAGGAGGCUCAAGGAAAGAGGAGAGAAGAAAGAAUUAAAGAAAUAGAAGAAGAACACAGAAAAAUAGAGGAAGAUGAAGAGAGACAAAAAAUACAAGAUGAAGAAAAGAGGGUCAAAGAAGAAAAAAGAAAGGAAGAGGAAAGAAAGAAGAAAGAUGAGGAGGAAAAAAGAAAGCAAGAGGAAGCAGAGAGGAAACAAGGAGAGAAAGAAGAAAAAAUUAAAAAGGAAGAGGAAAAACGGAAAAAGGCUGAAGAAGAGAAACUAAGGAAGGAAGAAGAAAAAAGGAAGAAAGAGGAAGAGAAGAAAAGAAAGGAAGAAGAAAAAAGACAAAAGGAAGAAGAAGAGAGACAGCGUAAAGAAGAAGAAAAACAAAAAAAGAAAGAAGAGGAGGAAAGGAAGAAAAGAGAAGAGAUGGAAAGAAAGCAAAAAGAAGAGGAAGAAAAAGUCAGAAAACAAGAGGAGGAGAAACAGAAGAAGUUGGAAAAAGAAAAACAAGAAAAAGAAGAAAAGAAAAAAAUUAAAGAGGACCAACAGAGGGAAGAAAUGGAAAGAAUUAGACAGUUAGAACUUAAGAAACAACAAGAAGUAGAAAGACAAGAAGCUGAAUUAAAAAAGCAAGAAGAAAAAUUAAAAGAAUUCUUGAAUGAGGAGUCACAUGAUACUAGUGACAACAAAGUUAUGAAAAGCACCGAUUUUAAGACAAAUGGCAGUAUUAGUCAUCAUGACAAAAAUUCUCCCAGAAAAUUUGGAAGGAGGGUUAAAGAUGGAUUGGUUAGAGAUUCUACGGCUGCUAGUCUUAAUGGGGAAAAUGAUGAAAGAUUAAAGAAUGGUUUGUCAUCCAUGAUGGAAGGAUUACCAAGUCAUCUAGAAAGUAAAAGACUUGGAUGGAUUAAAUCAUGUACUCCAUGGAGUAAAGUCAGCAAUGAACCUUGGAAGCUGAAAGCCUCUACCAGUAAACGUCCAGCUAGACGGCCAUCUUCUGCUAAGAAGUUACAUAUGUUAGAAGAAAACAUAAUAACAACAGCUGCUAAAGUAGCAUCUCUCAGACAGGUAACAACAGUUGAAUUGAAAGACUUGCCAGGAAGUAAUAUGUCUACUUUAGGUCAGUGUACUGGUCUGCAGUAUCUAAAGAUGGUCAACUGUAACUUAAUUGCAGUAGAAGGACUUCAGAAUUGUAAACAGUUGCAGUACUUAGAUUUAAAGAAUAACAAGAUAGAAUAUAUAGACCUGAAGUCUUUGGGCAGUAUAAAGUUUAUAGACCUGAGUAAUAAUUCAUUAAGUGGAAUACAUGGAAUGGAUGGGUGUACUGAUGUACGAUGGCUGGACUUGUCUGACAAUAAGAUUACCAGACUUGGUGGAUUAAAUGGUUUACGCAGAUUACAUACUUUGAAACUUGCCAAAAACCAGCUGAUCAACACAUCAGGAUUGGGAGACACACCAACAAUACAGUAUCUAGACCUAUCCCAUAAUCAUCUGCAGGAAGUACAAGAUGUAAACAAAUUGUGUCUACUGCGACAUUUAAAUUUAUCAGCAAACAAUCUUCUCCAGAUUCCUGAUUUACAGAACCAUGUUUUAUUACAAGAUUUAAUAUUAGAAGAUAACAGUAUAACUUUACUUGAUGAUUUGAAUCAGUCCUGGUUACCUUUGGUGCAAAAAUUUAAUAUUAGUCAAAAUAGUUUGGAAGAUCUAGUCAGCUUAGAGAACCUGUUAUUGCUGCGAGAGUUAAAUCUAAGUAAUAACCAGGUUUUAGAUAUAGAUGUGUUCCACUCUUCAUUACCAAGCUAUAAAUAUCUAGAAAUGUUACACUUAUGUGGUAAUCCUGCAGUUGAAAGUUUAGAAGAUAAAGAUAGUUUUAGAAAGAAACUGACUAAAGAAUUGACAAGAUUACACCAACUAGAUGAUACCACUCUGGACUCAACACAAUGUGGUAUACCUAUAAAACCAAGGAACGGCUUUGAAGCCAUGUGUUUACAUCAAGUUCAAAUGAUGAAAGAUGUACAUCAUAGAUUCCAACAAGAUUUAAAAUCGCAUUUAGAUUCAUCAAAUUUAUCAGAACUUUGUGAUAUUUAUUUUAAAUUCUGUGAUAAAACUCAUAAGAUGGCAGAAGACAAUCGAUAUGCUCAUGAGUACGGUGAAAUGUCAAUAGCACAACCAACAGCACCGUCCACUCCAAAAUCUGGAAGGCCACGAUCAGCAAGAGCAAAUAAAGUGGUACAAGACUCUUUUAUGAGCCCUAAGGAAAUGUUUGAAAAAGCUCUUCAUGAUGGAGGUAGUAAAAGUAGUGGUUCAAAUGGUCUAGUCAGGGGAGAUAAUGUGGCGGUGGUGAAACCAGUGAUUACUGCCAAAAUUGUUCAGAAUAUUCUUGUGGAUGAUACUACUAGUCAUAAGAAAUUACACAGAAGAAAUGAAGCAGCAGUAAAGAUACAGUCAGCAUGGAGAGGAUAUACAGUAAGGAGAUGGUAUGAACAGCUUGUACAGGAUCAAAGCUUUGAUAUGGCCGUCUUACUGGAACUUCAUAAUGCUGCCAUUAAAAUACAGGCCACAUGGAGAGGUUACAGUGUAAGAUGUAGAUUAGAAAGAGCUUUAGAUUUUGCCAAACUUGAAGAUGACGAUGAGUUUGGUGAGAUUGAUAUGAAUGAUCUUAACUUUAAUGAGGACAUAUUAGAUGACUGGAAACCACCAUCAACACCACAAAUUCCAAACAGGCAUCCAGUGUUGGGAAAACCACCUUCUGGAAAGAAAACCACACCACCAAAAAUUCCAGCCCUACCACUGGGAGACAACCCUCACCCUCCACAGCAACCAAGGAGAGCCUGGAGAGGUAUGGAUUCACCUCUCUCUGAUGUGCAAGUACAGCAAAAUUAUCCAAGGCCUCCUUCAUCCCUCAUUAGUGGGACAGAUACUCACAGAACAGUACAGUCAAGGAAAGAAGAGAAAAUAUCGGAAGAGUGGGGUUUUAAAAACAAUGAAACAGCACAUUUAAUGAUGCAAAGAGCAAAGAAAAUGAAAUACAAUGCAGAAAGGAGAAAAAAACUUAGUAAACUAGAUCCAAAACAACGAUUGGUCUUAUUCAGAAAACUAGAAGAAGUCUCUCAUUACCCUCAUGUUCAGGCACCAAACAGAAAAAUUCUUCCAAGAAAAGAAUAUUUUCAAGAGAGGCAGAAAGAAAUAGAUAAUGCAGAUAGAGAAAAAAGAAUAGAGAAAAGUGAGAAAGUGUCUAGAACAUUUGAAUGGUUACAUACACAGGUGGGAGACUAUGAUGUCAGUGAUUCUUCUAUCAACACAAAUAAUCAAGGGAGUAGGACAAGACAGAGAUAUGGGAGUGAAGGUAACUUACCCAAGCUGGAUUCUGAUUUAAUGUCUGGAAAAGCUGUCAGACUUGUUAGCAGUCCAGUAGACCUAAUGUCAGUUGAUAGUGUUAGUAUACAGGGAGAUUUCAGUAAACCAAGGAGAUUUUCUGCCAGUUCUAGUGAUUCACAUACCAGGUUGCCACCAAUAAAAGGAGGUUCAGCACCAACAGGACAGAAAAGAAAGGAAAAAAUGUCAUGGAGGAAUCCACAGAACAAAAAUAAUGACAUUGGAUGGGGAGGGGGUCAUAAACGAGUGGUGCAUUGAUACAGAUUUAGUCUGACUGAAUUAAGAAGGGUACAAAUUUAGGAUGUAAUAAUACAGCCCUUGACCAAUUGUACUAUGAGAGAAUGAGAUCUGGGUCAAAUUGCAUUUGAAAAAGGAGACCAAAAUAUUCGUGAUAAAAAAAGUGUCAGCCAAUUUGAUUGGUUACUUAAAUAGAGGAUGCACUUUUAAUGCAACAAGAAAAAUAUUAAUUGAUAAAUAAUUAUAAGGAACUGAGAUUCCAAAAUCUGAAUGGCACUAUGAAUUGUCAAUAUCAAUAUAUUUGAAAAAAGAUAAUAUUGUAGUUUUAUCAUUUUUGUAUUAUGCACAGCUUUAUUUUGCUGCUAAAUGAGUGUUACCAAAAACAAUACUGUAUAUGUACUAAUUUUCGCGGUGUAUUUAUUUUCACGAAUUUCGCGGUAGGUAUAUUUUCGCGAAAAUAAAUAUAUGCGAAUUCUAAUGCAGAUUUCAUGCAUAUAAAAACCAUGGAAUAAAUAUCGCUGGAAUUUACAACUGUAUAUGCAUGUUCACCUUACUGGCUUCAGAUAACCUCAAUUGAACCGUGAAACUGUUAAAACAACACCAGUUAUUUUUACAAAAAUUUAAUUAAGAAUAAAAGGACAAAAGGUGAAAAAUAAUAUCCCAAGCUAAAUAUCACAGCUAUAUUAAGUAAUUAACGACUUAAUCAGGUUAUUGAACAUCUAUCAAAACACAGGACUGAUUUUAUGAUUGAAUAAUCUUUGUUUAUUUUGUUUCAUGUUGUUAAAUAAAUGAAGACCUAAUUAAUGAAAAUUUUAUGAAUUUUAAGUCUGUAAUUUAUGUUCUGAUAUUUUUGGAAAUACCGCGAAAUUAAAUACACGCGAAUUCAUCGACAACAACAAAAUCGCGAAAAUAAGUACUCGUGUAAAAAAGUAUAUAUACAGUACUUUUAGAAUUUUUGCCAUUUUCUAUCUAAGGAAAAUAAGUGUUACAAGGAACGUUAGUUAGAACAUUUUUGCCAUUUUCUGUUCAAGGAGUGUUGCUUCUCAUUUAUUAAAGUCUGCCACUGUGAAGAUGAAAUAACAAUUAAAACAAAGAGUACAUGUUUAUGUAACUGUAAUGAAGUAAACAUGGAUAGAGGCACACUACUUUUUUCUUGCAGUCUUUCAGAGAAAUUUGAUUUCAUAUUUGCUUAUAAUUUGGUGCUGUUUUGGAAUGUUCAUGAUUUUUUUUUAUAUUUGAAUUAACGAUUAAAUCUGAGUGAUUGACAGGAGCAAAUGUUAUCUAUAGCUUGAUACUGAACUAGAAAAAUUAUUCUAUUAUAUGCAUUCUUAUCAUUUUACGUCUGGUUGGACUUGGAAUAUUAAGUCCUAAGCCCAUGAACUGAUACUACCACACUGUGGAGAGGUUAAAAGCCCUAUGAAGGGGUCCACAAGAGAUCUGUUUUAUUAUUUAAAGGCAGAACUUCUUAUUCUUCUGAAUUGUCUCAAUGUUCCAGUGGAGGUAAAUAUUCCUCACCAAUUUUGCUGGCUUAUUCAUUUAUCAGAAUCUACAAAUAAAACAAUUGAUAAAUUUUUACCAAUCCAGAAGUAAUUCAAUUAAAUUUUAAAAAGUGAUGAGUUAUCCCCCAUUUUCGACAUUCAAAAGUCCAAAUAAACAGAAAUCAGAUUGAUAUUGGCUUUUAUUGUUACAUAACAAAUAAUUUACAACUGUGAAAUUGAAUAGUUAGUGAAGUAGUGCAUUAUUUGCUCAAACCGUUCAAAUACAUAAUGAAAAUGUCAAGUAUACGUAUGAGUAUGCUACUUAUGUCUUAUGCUUUAUAUUUUGCACUUGAUACAAAAAGUAAAAAAAGAUUGAUUGUUAUAAUUCAAUAUUUUGUUAGAUGUAUACAGAGUUCUCAAAAGUGGUGGUUCGGAAGUUUUGACCACCAGAAUUUUGCAAAGGACCAACAAAAUUUUGAUAUUUUGCAAUCUUCAAGGACCACCAGGAAAAAAACAUUUCAAGAACUAUGUGUAUAAUGAGUGUUGUUUGCAUUGCUGUUUAAAAUGCCUCAUUUGCCAGAUUAUGGUAAAAUUUCAAUGCCUUGUUGUAAUGUCUGUGCAAAAUUUUAUAAUUAACUGUGCUGUACCCACUUUUUCUUUCAAAUUUAAAAUGUAGUUUAAAAUUUAGCUGCUGAAAUAUGGUAUGAAAAUUCAAAUACCAUGAAUUGGCAGUUUAAAUAACAAUUUUUCCUGAAUAAGAAUAGAACUUUGGUCCCCAAAAAAUGUAUGAUUAAAUUAAGAAUUAUUUCUUCAGGGUUACAUUUCUUUUUAAUCAAACAAUUUUACUGGUUAUGUGAGACCUUGUUUUUUUCUUUUGUUUAGUUUCUUUGAUCAGCACUGUUUAUUGUUACUUUAUGUUUAAACCUACUAUCAGUAGCCAUAAUUUUCCUUGAUAUUGUUCUCCAUACUAUAGUAAACUCAUAAUUUGGGUUGAUUCAAAGCACUUGGUUAUUUCAAGUUGAAUACCGUAAAAGUGUUAACACCAUGACAAUUAUAAACCUGUGAAAGUGCUGUGACGAGCAAAAACACACAAAUUCUUAUGUUUUAAAGUUUUCUGUUGUGAAUCUUGGCGGUAGUAUAUUGAGUAUGGGAUUUUAAAAAACCUUUAUGUCUGUUAAUUUAUAUGCAUUAUUCAUAUGUAUAGAUGAUUCAAAUUUGUAAAUGAAAUUAUUUAAUAUAUUUUGUAUUUAUGAUUUAUUAUUUUGUUAUUUAUAAUUAUAUUAUAUUAUUUUUGUAUGUACCGGUACACAAUAAUUUAUACAUCAUGCAGUGCUUUUGGAUGGUAUUAGCACAUUAAAGAAAGUCUGACAAAA